CUUUUGUGCAAGAGUAGGCGGUACUGUUUAUUGUCGCAUACACUGCACCUUACGGAAUAAAACCUCCGUAUAAGGACAAAGUCACUUAUAGUUCUGACAGUUGCAACGGAUGGAACGAGGAUAACCACAUUUUCCUCGGCUGCUCAGUUUCGGGUACUAAAUCUAUUGGUUCCCUUCGAAUCGUCGUCAUGCUUCUCCUCAGCCACGCAUACUACGUCGUUGUCGGCGUCGCGUUUUUUGCCGUCCUAUUAUGGAGGCUCCGGAAGAUAGGGCAAAGACCCAAGGGGUAUCCCCCAGGGCCGCCCACGCUCCCUUUUAUCGGAAAUCUGCACCAGAUACCUGGCGAGAAGCGAUACUUGCAAUUUGAGAAAUGGGCGCGGGAGUAUGGCCCGAUAUACUCGCUUAUGCUGGGCACCAAGGUCAUGGUCGUCCUAAAUUCGGAUGUCGCGAUCAAAGACUUGAUAGAUAAGCGCGGCGCCAUCUACGCUUCCAGGCCAGAGGCCUACGUCGCUCAGGAUAUCCUAAGCGGCGGCCUGCGGGUUCUGUUCAUGCCAAAUUCCGGAGUCUGGAAAACCGCCCGGAAGUUCGUUCAUCGUAUCCUGGGCGUUACCGCCGCGCGAAGCUAUGUGCCUUAUCAGGACCUUGAAAACAAGGCGAUGCUGUUAGGCUUUCUGGAAAGUCCUUGUGAUUUCACCGAUCACCUGCGACGGUACACAGCCUCGUUAACCACCCAGAUGACGUUUGGCUUCCGCACUACGAGCAUCCACGACCAAAGAUUCAAGGAGACCUUUGACAUUUUCGACCGCAGCGGCGAACUCAUCGCAUCUCGGACGGCUGCAAUAUUGGAUCUGGUGCCUGUAUUGAGACGCCUCCCCGAGUUUCUACUCCCCAUCAAAAAAGAGGGACGGGAGAUACACGAAAGAGAGAAAGCGCUAUUCCGUAGCCACUAUCUCAAAGCCAAGCAGGGUUUGCAAGAUGGGACAGCCAAGCCUUGUGUUUGCGUUGACCUGGUUAAGAUCCAAAAGGCCGAAGGUCUUUCCGACGAUUCCGCUGCCUACAUCAGCGGCUCGCUACUGCAAGCUGGCGCUGAGACGACGGCAGGCAUCCUAGUAGGCUUUAUCCAGGCGAUGCUCAUCUUCCCCGACGUAGCCAAGGCGGCUCAGGUUGAGCUUGAUCGGGUUUGCGGGGAUCGGAUGCCCGAUCUGAAUGACGUACCUAACCUGCCUUAUAUCCGGGCAUGUGCUAAGGAGAGUCUGCGUUGGAUGCCCGGAUUCAUGCUAGGCAUACCGCACGCCGUCACCCAAGAUGAUACCUAUAUGGGCUAUCACAUCCCGAAGGGUGCUACAGUUGUGUUGAAUGUCUGGGCGGUGCAUAACGAUCAGGCGAGGCAUCCAGACCCGCGUAGGUUCGAGCCUAUGCGGUAUAUCAACGAUCACCAGCUGUCGAUAGAAGCAGCAAAUAACCCGGACCCAACGAAGCGCGACCACUUCGUCUUCGGCGCCGGUAGACGACGAUGUCUAGGCAUGCACAUUGCCGACCGAUCUGUGUUUCUGGCGAUCUCUCGCCUUCUGUGGGCGUUUAACUUUGAGAGGGUAGUGGAUCCCGAAACGCGCGAGGAGGUAAUCCCCGACAUGAACGAUAUGAUGGACGGCCUGAUGGCGCUUCCCAACGCGUUCCCGGCAAAGAUCGUUCCCAGAAGCGCCGCCAAGGCGCAGUGCGUGAGAGACGAGUGGGCCGACGUAUCACAGCUGCUUGAUGAGGAGGCACAGUGGAAGACGGUUCCCGAGGGGCUCAUCUGGAAGGACGAGCAGGUCGAUGAACUCAUCGAGUGAACUGUAGCCUAAUGCGUUGUCAGUAAUGGUGCAUAGCACACUCUAUCGUUGGCUAAGAUAAGACGUGGGACAGGAAAGAAUUACAGGAACAAGAUCCUAAGAGAAACGUGCAUAUCCAUUCAAUGCCAUUGACAACCUCUGGUACUGAAGGAAUCUGCUCGGAAAAUAUGGUUUCUUCUACGCGAUGGUGUUAACAUUAAGUCCAUGUUUCAAUCUGCUAACACCUGGACUUUCCGGCUCUUCCACCAUAACGUAGGUAGCGGGUCAACUGAGUCUCCUGGCCAUACGAGGGGCUCCAUAUCAACCGAAGUAUAAUAAUCCGCAGUGAUGGACCCUCCUGGUCCUAUGCCGUGAAUAUCUCGCGGAGUUAAUACAUAUCCACCGAAUCGACACCGGGAGGGGUGCUGUGCAUAUUAUUGUGUCUAAAGCGCUCUCUUAGCCACCUCCAUCUUAC